GAUCUGUGGGACAUCCCGGCAGGAUGGAUAAAAAGAUAAAGAAGGAAGUGAAGCCUCCUCCUAAGGAUGUGUUUGACCCAUUAACAAUUGAGAGCAAAAAAGCAGCAACUGUGGUGUUAAUGCUGAAUUCUCCUGAAGAAGAAGUUCUGGUUAAAGCCUGUGAGGCCAUUUAUAAAUUUGCUUUAAAAGGUGAAAAAAAUAAAGCAACACUUCUUGAACUUGGAGCUGUGGAACCCUUAACCAGACUUCUCACUCAUGAAGAUAAAAUUGUAAGAAGAAAUGCCACCAGGGUAUUUGUAAUCCUAACUUCUAACAGUGAUGUUAGAAAAUUGCUAAGGAAGUUAGAUGUCAUGAAUUCUGUGAUUGCCCGGCUCACCCCGGAAGAAGACGUAGUUAUCCAUGAGUUUGCUAGUCUUUGCCUAGCAAACAUGUCCAUAGAGUUUACCGGUAAAGUGCAAGUAUAUGAACAUGGUGCAUUGGAGCCACUCAUCAGACUGCUGAGGAAUCCCGAUCCUGAUGUGAAGAAGAAUUCUAUUGAAAGCAUUUACAACUUGGCCCAAGAUUUUGAGUGUCGAACUGCACUUCAAGAACUAAAUGCAAUUCCUCCUGUAUUAGAUCUCUUGAAAUCAGAAUAUCCAAUUAUUCAGCUGUUGGCUCUCAAAACGUUGGAUGUUAUGACAAAGCGUAAGAAGUCCCAGACAAUGCUGAGAGACAAUCAAGGACUGGACCAGCUUAUUAAGAUCCUAGAAACCAAGGAUUUGGAUGACCUUCACAUAGAAGCACUUUCAGUGGUGGCUAAUUGCCUUGAAGAUAUGGAUAGUAUGGUGCUGAUUCAGCGGACAGAGGCACUUCGAAAGCUCCUUGCAUUUGCAGAGAGCUCUACAGUACCUGACAUCCAGAAGAAUGCAGCAAAAGCAAUUGCCAAAGCAGCUUAUUAUUCUGAAAAUAGAAAACUUUCCCAUGAACAAGAAGUUGAAAGGUGCCUUGUAUCCCUUUUGGAUUUGGAAAGCGAUGGAACUAAAAUCGCUGCUUCCCAAGUUAUUUCAGCAAUGUGUGAGAACACAGGCAGCAAAGAGUUUUUUAAUACUCAGGGGAUUCCAGAGAUGGUGCACUUGCUCAGAAGUGACAACGAAGAGGUCAGAGAAGCCGCUGGCCUGGCCGUGGCCAACUUGACCACCUGCAGUCCUGUUAAUGCAAAGAAAGGCAGAGGGAAAAAGGAAGAGGAGAAAAUGAGAGAGGAGGAAGAGGUCCUCACAAUACCAAAGCUGGCUGGAGAAGGUGGCCCUGAGAAAGAAUGGUACCCUCCCCCUGACCCUGGCUUCUGCACAUAUGUGUACGAAGUGACCAAGUCAAUCCUGCCCAUGACCAAUAUUAAGGAGCAGAUUGAGGCUCUGGCCAAAUAUGUAGCAGAGAAAAUGGGUGGUAAGAUUCCAAAAGACAAAAUACCUGAUUUCAGCUGGGAACUUCAUAUAAGUGAACCAAAAUUUCAACUUACAUCCAAUGUUAUACCAAUUGGAUAUAUCAAAAAAGGGAUCUUCUACCAUCAAGCUUUGCUUUUCAAGGCUCUGGCUGAUAGAAUUGGUGUUGGCUGCUCUUUGGUUCGAGGAGAGUAUGGCCAUGCAUGGAAUGAGGUGAAGCUGCUGGACCUGUCUCAGAAGGGGGUGACCGGGUGCCUCCCUGCACCAGAUACCUACAUUGUUGACCUCAUGUUCAAUCUUCGGGAACUUUUGGAGGUAGGAAGCAAAGAGGCCAAUAUUUAUCAAUUUAUCUAA